UUAGGAAAGGAAAAGCCAACUCAUUUUCCCCUCGUCUUCUUGGUGGCUUCUUGAGAGUUCAACUUACAGCGCGUAGCCGGCACCCAGCAAUCUCUCUCUAGUGUAAUCCAAAUACUACUUCCGUCUGCUACUCCAAAAGUUAUUUUUAAAGUCAAUCAUUGACUUACUUUUUCGCUAUUUUCUUUUUUUUUUUUAAAUUUUUUUUUCUCAUAAGGAAAAAUAAUCUGUAAAAAACGACGCUGCCUGUAAAGUCUUCAACGGCCAUUGAAUUGGAGACGAACAAAGAGGUACUGAUCCUCCAUAAAUUCGGUCAACACGCCGUCGUUUUCACUUGAUCCUUCGGUUACUGCCUGGUAAAGGCUGCGCGGGAGUUACACUUUUGUGCUGAAAAGUGAAAAACCUUGCUGAAUUGUCUGCUGCUGUGAGAAGUGGAAAGUUGCCGAGUCGACGGUUCUUGCGGAAGAUUUGUUCUGUUCUGAAUGCUUAAUUGGAAGCUAUGUCAGCUUAUAAUAUAAAUGAUCUAGUUAGAGAAGCUCAAAGCCGGUGGUUGAAGCCUGCCGAAGUAUACUUCAUACUACAAAAUCAUGAGACCCAAAUGAUUACAAAUGAGCCUCCUCAGAGACCUGGAAGUGGAUCUGUAUUUCUUUUCAACAAGAGGGUCCUUAGAUUUUUUCGUAAAGAUGGGCAUAGCUGGCGUAGGAAGAGAGAUGGAAGAACAGUUGGUGAAGCACAUGAGCGGCUUAAGGUCGGAAACGUUGAGGCUCUGAAUUGCUAUUAUGCGCAUGGAGAUCCCAAUCCUAAUUUUCAGAGGCGUAGCUAUUGGAUGUUAGACCCAGCAUAUGAGCACAUUGUUCUGGUUCACUACCGAGAUAUACAAGAGGGAAGGAACACUGCCGGAACAACAAUACAAUUUUCUCCAGUAUCCCCUUCUACUUUCAGUCAGAGCCCCAUCUCUUAUAACUCCCAGCAGCCUGGGUCUUCUACUUUUUUCAGUAGUCUAUCCAGCUCUGGAUCUGCCGAGACCGGUUCUGAUGUGGCCACUAGCAGCCAGGCGUUACCUUUGAAUAAUGUAGAGAGAGCUGAGGAAGCCACUAGCUCAUCAGGGCUUCAUAUUACUCAAGCAUUGCGGAGGCUUGAGGAGCAAUUAAGUCUAAAUGAUGAUAUCGUGGAAGAAAUUAGUUCAGGUUACACUGACAAUGACAAUACAUAUAGUUUAGAGAAUGUGAUACUUGGUCAAACUCCAUCAGCUGCAACACAAGGUUCUAACCUCGAAUAUCAUCAGCAGCUGUUAAGCCAAGCUGAUUGGAAUCAGGGUAUUGAACAACCUGAAUGGACAAAAGACCAUGCGCCUGAUCAAGAUGACAUUUGGUUGAGUUUGGGCAGAAUUGAUAGUCAAAAUUUGCCAGUUGCUCAAGAAACUGAAGAUUUGACCUAUCCCGAGUUUUCAGCGGAUGUAAAUGCUUAUGCCCCUGAGCUUGACAAUUACACAUCACUGUUUGACCAAGGUCAUAUUGGAAUGCCUCUUCAAGAUAAUAUGGGAAUCACUAUUUCCCAAAAGCAGAAAUUCUCCAUUCGAGAGAUAUCUCCAGAAUGGGGUUAUGCGUCAGAAGUAACUAAGGUUUUCAUAAUUGGGUCAUUUCUUUCUGAUCCAUCGGAGUCUCCGUGGACUUGCAUGUUUGAUGGCGUUGAAGUUUCAGCCCAGAUCAUUCAAGAGGGUGUCAUUUGUUGUCAGGCUCCUCCACAUUUGCCCGGAAAAGUAUCAAUUUAUGUUACUUCUGGUAAUAGGGAGUCCUGUAGUGAAGUCAGGGAGUUUGAAUAUCGUGAUAAACUAGCUGUUUGUAGUAAUUGUAGACAGCCAGAAGUAACUAGUAGGAGUCGAGAAGAGUUACUGUUACUUGUCAGACUUUUGCAGUUGCUUCUCUCCAAUUCUUCACUGCAAAGGGGAGAUAGUACCGACUCAGGAAUUGACCUUUUGACCAAAUCCAAAGCAGGUGAAGAUCCUUGGGGUCAGGUCAUAGAUGAUCUUCUGGUUGGCACUUCAACAUCAUCUAAUACCACGGACUGGCUUUUAGAAGAACUUCUGAAAGACAAGUUGCGAAGUUGGCUUUUGUCUAGAUCACAAAAAGAAACUGACCAGCAAAACAGUUUCUUGUCAAAAAAAGAGCAAGGAAUCAUACACAUGGUUGCUGGAUUAGGAUUCGAGUGGGCCUUACCUCUAAUUCUGAAGUCUGGAGUCAGUGUAAACUAUCGUGACAUUAAUGGCUGGACUGCCCUUCAUUGGGCUGCACGGUUUGGAAGGGAGAAAAUGGUCGCUGCACUCAUAGCUUCUGGUGCAUCAGCUGGAGCAGUUACCGAUCCCACUCCACAAGAUCCUACUGGGAAAACUGCAGCCUUUAUAGCUUCUACUUCAGGACACAAAGGACUUGCUGGAUAUCUUUCAGAGGUGGCACUAACUAGUCAUCUUUCUUCUCUCACCCUGGAAGAAAGUGAGCUCUCCAAAGGAUCUGCAAAUGUAGAAGCAGAAAUGACUGUGAAUAAAGUUGCCAAUGCGGAUCCCGUUACCAAUGAGGACCAGCUUUCUCUAAAAGUUACCUUAAAUGCCGUACGGAAUGCCGCACAGGCUGCUGCACGUAUACAAUCUGCAUUCCGUGCUCAUUCUUUCAGGAGGCGGCAGCAGAGGGAGGCUGGUCCUUCGAGCACUGGUGGUGAUGAGUUUGGGAUUCUUGCGGAUGACAUUGAGGCGGUUACAGUAGCUGCCUCUAGGUUGGCCUUCCGUAAUCCAAGAGAUUAUAACUCCGCGGCUGUAUCUAUACAGAAGAAGUAUCGGGGUUGGAAAGGUCGCAAGGACUUUCUUGCAUUGCGGCAGAAAGUAGUAAAGAUACAGGCGCAUGUGAGAGGCUAUCAAGUGAGAAAGAACUACAAGGUAUGCUGGGCUGUUGGUAUUCUGGAGAAGGUGAUACUAAGGUGGCGUAGGCAUGGUGUUGGGCUGCGGGGUUUCCGGAAUGAAACGGAAGUAAUGGAUGAAAUUGAGGAUGAAGACAUUCUCAAAGUCUUCCGUAAGCAGAAAGUCGAUGCAACUAUUGAUGAGGCUGUCUCAAGGGUGUUGUCAAUGGUUGAGUCACCUGAUGCACGUCAGCAGUAUCGCCGCCUUCUUGAAAAAUAUCGUCAAGCUAAGGCUGAGCUUGCUGAUCAAGAGGGGAAACAAGUUUAACAUCUCAAAACCAUUGAACCAAAAAAAAAAAAAAAAAAGAUUACGUUACCAGGUUACUUUGAUGAUUAGCAUGGCUUCUGAUUGAAAAGUUUAAUACAUGGGUAUAUGGAAGAUGUUAGGAAAAUCUGAUUGGUAUGUGAAAAGUAGCUAUUUUGAUUAAUCAUCCUUUUAAAGAUAUUGGAAGUUAGUAAAUUUGCUGUACAUGUUGAUGUAAAUGUCAGGUGCAAAUACAUUAUGUGUAGAACAACUGCGAUUCACUGCUUUGAAAGCAAAUGAACUCUGGCGGAUGUUGUGAUUACGUCUCUGUUAAAAGAUAGUAAUUAAAUUUUGUUCGGGCAAUGAUGCCCAAAAGUUUGGCCAACAUUUGAUGAUUUUGUUUGGGAAAGGGUGCCUGGUUGUGUAUUUACUAUUUACCAUGCCUUCCAUUUCCUUUCAAAAUAGCAUGACAAAGUGAAAUAUUAAAAUAAAAUGAAAGAAGGUUUCAGCUCACCGUAUU